AUGCUUCGUUUUAUUCAACCAUUCGUACUUGCACGUUUCAUUCGUUGUCUUAUACCUUGUUCGAAAAUAUUAUUACCGGAGGUGAUAUGCUGGGCUGCACUCAAUAGUGCGUUUCCUUGGUUAAUGUUCACAAUUCGACAUAUUGGUUUGACACAUGCUUUUCGUGCCGGUAUGCAUCUUCGUUGUGCGUACCAUGGAUUAAUCUUUCGUAAGAUCGUCCGAUUGUCGAUGGGAUCAUUAGGUACUCAGUCAAGUGGUAAAAUGGUCAAUAUGAUGACGAAUGAUGUGCAAACAGUUGAACAUCUAGGACUCGAUGGACAUUUUCUUUGGAUCGGCACAUUAGAAACUAUUGUCGUAUUGACUAUUCUUUGGACACAUGUUGGUUUCACCAUUCUAUUGGCUAUGAUAUAUACAUUGCUGGUUGUUUCCAUUCAAAUUCUUUGUGGUAAAAUUAUGCAAAUCAUUUGGACAAAACGUGUUGGACAAACAGAUUUGCGUAUCAAAUUAAUGAAUGAAAUCGUUAAAUCGAUUCAUCUCGUUAAAAUGUACGUUUGGGAAAGACCAUUUCAAUUAAAAGUCGAACGUGUACGACGGUAA